AUGGCUGAUCAGGCCACCACGCAGGGCCAUGCGGUCAAACGCCGGCGAGUCGCUCUAGCUUGCGAUGCAUGUCGAACGCGAAAGUCAAGGUGCGACGGUCGCCGCCCAGAAUGUGGCAUGUGCGAAGACUUGGGCUUUAGCUGUGUCUACACAGCUCCUAUCACUACCACAAAUGUGAUUGUUCAAAAGGACUAUCUUAGUAGCCUCGAAGAACGCGUCAAAGCGCUCGAGGAUAGCCUUAACAUAGUCAAAUCUGAAGUUUCCGCCGUUAAGUCAAAUAUGAGCAAAGGAAGCUCUGAUGAGUCCGUCAGGGAAAACGGACAUAGUUAUCAGAACGAGCAAUCUCCCGAAUUUGUGGAAACAGAGGACGCAAUCGAUGCGAUGGGUGCCGUUGCAUUUGCCGAUGAGGAAGAAUGUGGAUUUUUCGGCGCUUCAUCAAACAUUGCCUUUCUUCACUAUUUAUCCUGUGCUGUAGCACGAAGUGAAAAUAUACAGAGAGAAAUUACAUCUCCAAGGAUAGAUCGUGUUACGUUUGAUGGGGGUUUUGUUAAUGCGACGCGUCCAUCAUCGCCAACGUUGGCCCAUCCUCCCGAAUCUCGGUCAAAUAUGUUUGUGUUACCUCCUGCUGAGGAGGCGUUGGCCCUGAUCCACCAAUAUUUUAGCGACACGGGACUGCUUUUUCCUUACAUUCAUCCCGAUUCAAUUUUUGGAACCUACUCUGAAUUGAGGAAGGGCUCAAAGAAGAUUCGACGUACAUGGCUUGGAUUGCUAAACAUGAUACUCGCGAUGGCCAAGCUGACGACGGUCUCAGAGCGUGCACCUGCCGAAGCCUGCAUCAGAGAGUCCGCUGUAUACUACAGCAGGGCUUUCAAUCUCUGUAGGGGAGAGAUCUUGCGUGGGACAACACUGGAAGUUGUGCAAUAUCUACUGCUCAUGGGUCAAUACCUACAAGGGACACAGAAGUCGGUUCAGGCAUGGACAAUGCAUGGCCUGACCGUCAAAGCUGCGCUUCAGCUCGGACUUCAUUCAAAGGACGCCUCUAAAGCUUUCCCUCCUUUGGAACAGGAAAUGAGGAAAAGAACAUGGUUCGGAUGUGUGGUUUUGGAUAGAGUUCUAGGCAUGACCUUUGGCAGACCCGCCGCUAUACCGAACUGCUAUGUCCAGUUGGAUCUACCGACUUUUCAAGACAGUCCGGACGCUCUCCUGGCACCUGUUGACAAUGUGGCCUACUAUAGCAUUCAAUUCUUUAAUUUAACCAUAACCUUAUACAAAGAGAUGGGAUGCAUUAUCGACCAAUUAUAUGCCCAAAAUCUUGGGUGCGGACCUCCUUUGUCCGUGGGCGAGACUGUUUCCCGUGUCCUUGGGAUAGAAACCCAACUUCAAUCCUGGCUGUUAACGCUUCCCGAUAACCUCCGACAAGUGACCGCUACGGUCAUUCGAGACGAGAUAGAACGCGCCGGCAUUCAACCUCAGUUCUUUCCGUUAAAGUUUCGUGUUAUUCUGACCUUGCGAUACCUGCAUGUCCAAAUCCUCCUGCAUCGGCCCGUCCUUGUGAAGUUCCUGGAUGCUAUGGAAGCUUCGGAAGCUGAGAUAAGUGAAGACAGGCUUCUUAAGGAUAUUGGAUGUAGUAGCAUGAAGAAGAUUAUUGAAUCAGCUAUGGGCAUCAUCGAUAUCGUCUAUGAGCUUGUUUCGUCUCCUGAAUGGACACGAAAUCUCCUUGGUGCCUGGUGGUACACACUCUAUUAUACAUUCAACGCGGCACUCGUUAUCAUUGGGGCAACGUGGGUCCAUAGAACUAGGCGAUCUGCUAUAAACUGGGACGAGGUAUACACCAACAUUGAUAUUUAUCCAGGUCGUGCAGUUACAUCUCUGUACAAAUUGAACAGAAAUCGAAUGGUAGACCGCUGCAGAUCCUAUCUCGAACAGUUGAUGUCUGCUCUUUGCCUUCAGCAGUCGCAAGAAAUUCCGGACUCUGUCUCAAACACGGGUCUCCCGGAAAUGAACAUUGAAUUUGGCGAAUUUAUGAUAGAUGACCUCUUUUCGAAACACGGCCCAGAUUUCAAUCAUUGGUAA